UCUACAUUCUAAAAUAUUAGAAUUAAAGGUCAAAAGCCAAUGAUUAUAUCUACCAUUAACGAUCAUUCCAAACGAUAGGUGAAAAAAUUACUUAAUAAAUUCUUUAAAACCAACAUAAAUAAAAUAAACAUACUGAAAUUGAAAACCUAAUAUCAACCUGUAACACGUCGUACUACGUAAAAAAAAGGUCAAAAACAAAUGAUUAUGUAUCGGUUAAACUUAAAAAAUUAAACGUCAGAAUUUAUGUCAUUAUUUGGGGAGGGGGCAGAGUUAAAAUUUUCGCGCUUUUCAUAUUUCGAUUUAUUUUGAUUUGUUUUAAUCAAAAUUAACAAUGGAAGAAGACGAAGGCGAAGAAGAAGCAAUUUCCGAAGGACCUAAACCUGCAAAGGAUAAAAAAGGAAAGAAGGAUAAAAAGAAGUUUGAUCCAUUAGCUGAUCAAGAAAUAAAAUUUAAAAAGGUCGAUUUUGAGCACGCAUUAACACCGGAAGAAAAGGCCGCAAGGAAAAAAGAGAAAGAGGAUAAAAAGAAAGGAAAAGGGAAGCAUAAAGAACCUAAGAAAGCACCUGAAGGUGCAGAAGGUGGAAAUGAAGAAAUGGGAGGAGGAGAUACUCAAGAAGAAAAAUCGGAGGAGCAGAAAACCGAUAAGACGGAGGGUGAGGAGGCCGAAGGAAUCGAACAGGAACCACAAGGCAAGAAGAAAGGCGCUAAGAAAGAAAAAUCUAAAAAGGAGACAGAAGAAAAAAAGGACAAAAAAGAAAAGAAAGAGAAAGGUAUCAGCAUUCUCGAACCUAUUUAAGAUUGGCUAAUCGUAAUCGUAAAAUGUUAUCAAAAUAUUAACAAACGUAUACCUGUUGUCUAUACAAGUGCAAGCGGAAGUUCCCGAAAAGGGCAAAAAGAAAGAUAAAGAAAAACCCGCUGUAGAUAAAGAUGAAAAGGAAACGCGCGAAGAAGAGGAAGAGGAGGAGAUUGAGGAGGAAGAAGAAAAAAUAAAAAAGGAGAAAGAAAAGCCGGUAACAGAUACAGCAAAGAAAGGUAAGGAAAAGGUAAAAGAGAAAGAAGAAGUCCCAAGCGAAAAGAAGAAGGGAAAGGAAAAAGACAAAGGUGAAGAAAGCAAAAAACAAAAAGGAAAGAAAAAGUCUGCAAAAGAAGCUGCAAAAAGCGAAAGCAAAGUAGAAUCGGAAACUGUAGAGACAAAAGAGGAAGGUUCAACAACGGGCAAAGGUAAAAAAGGCAAAGAAAAGAAAAAGGGAAAGAAAGG